CCCAAAGUGCAGUCAGUCGUUAAAUACACCAAUGGUGGUUACAACUCAGGCUGAGGGAAGAAACACAACAUUGACAACAUGACAAAAACUACAACAAGAAGAGUUCUACUUUACUUUUGCUCACUGACAGGUAAGAAGGCAAGCCAUGAUGGGGGUAGAAACUUAAUUGAGCCUUCAAAUUCAUUAUACGUGUUUGAGUUUAUGGUAACAAUGUAUUCAAAACAGUAGGCCUACAUGCCGAGUAUCAACCUGUCACAUCAUGACACUCAUUUUUCCAUCAACAGAACAACUACACAUGGGCAGAGACAAGGUUGAGACUGUUGUGUGAUACUGAAUGUUUUUUGUCUGCCAGCUGUCCUCUCAUAUGCUGUUGCUCAGGAGAAAGAUGUUGGGAACCAUAAGUGCUCCUCAACCACCUUGAUGUUUGAACAGCUCUCUACUCAGCUUACGGUAUGGAUAACUUCAUCACUGAAUUUUGUCUAAAAUACUGUUAAAUCUGUGAUCAACUUUUACAAAUAAUGCAAUGCUGAUCAAUUACUCUGGUUAACUAGCUUGUAGUUUACAUGUUUUGGUACUUGGAUUUCUAACAGAUGAGUGACAUCUCUUUCCACUAUCUUUAAACAGGAGGCAGCACAAUGUGCUGAAAACAUUACUAGCCAGUGGAGCGAUAACCAGACUGCUGUUGUGAUUAACUCCCUAAAAACACUGACAGUCAUUCUACAGAAACAUCAAGAAACAGGUUAAGACUCCUGAGCAAAACACAGAUCUGUGUACAAUAAGAGUGUGUUGCUGACAAAUACUUUAUUGGCCCCAAAUAAGCUAUGGCAGAGCAAAGGGCCUCUUUUAGUGUAACCAAUAAUUACAUUGGCUUCACUUUGUGUCUUUCUAAAUGUAUUACCUAAGUAAUUAUUGUGUUUCUGUGUAUGUUUUCCUUGUAUAGCUUGCCAGGCCGUUGAUCCCAAUCAUUGUCCAGCUGCUGUAGCCCAGAGUGAAGGAGGACUUGUGUGUGUCACCAUCAACAACAGGCGUUACUGUAAACCCAUGUGCAAUGAGGUACUCUUUCCUGUAACAUCACAUGCCUAUGAGCUAAAAGCCUCUUAUAAUCACACUGUAUGGUGGCACAAAGAUUAAAUAUGCAGUAUGCUACAAUUGGCUAUUCCUUUAUAUGAAACACAAACAGUUUCUGCAAAAAAAGAGUUUCUACAGAAAAUGGGGGGAAAUAAAAUAAAAUAAAAUGUUUGGUUCUUACAGGGAUACUUCGGGAUUUUGGCAACGAGGCCCUUUAUCUAUCCCCAGAGUCAGAUGAAAUUGUGGAUACCAUUUUUAUGUCUCUGUGUCCAGUUUGAAAGAAGUUAGAGGUAGUUUCAAGAGCCAAUGCUAAGUAGCGUUAGCGCAAUGGCUGGAAGUCUAUGGGUAUCUGCUAGCAUGCUAGCACAUUAUUCAUUAUUUGCCAUAGUUGCCUUAUUAAUUGUAAUUUAUUCACUACACAGGGCUAUGACUUUGCGUUCUUGAGGACCAGUCGUCUGUAUGAGAACUGCGGUGCAGACACCAAAUUCAAUUGGACAACCCAGUACAUCGGAGGUAACAGGCUGGCCGUUUGCAACAGUAAGUCCUCUCUGUAAAGCCUCUAUAAAGUCUCUCUAUACCUCCACAGAAAGGCCAUGGUGCACAGCUUGUAGAGCUGUAAUAUGUAAUACUGUAACUAAAACAUCCUCUAAUUCUGUUGUAAAGUCUUAAAUCAUAUUGAAAUAACGAUGAUAUGUUUCAAAGUCAGAUGCUGUUCAAAAGUCGUAAGAAUGUGUGUCCCUUUGUCAAUGCAGAAUCCUCAAGACCUAUUGCAGGUGCUAAAACAGCCUACUUUCUCAAGGACCAAGACUGCCUGACGACCAAGAGUUACGAUGAUCAGGUGUUUAAGAUCAUUCAGCAGUUCAUCAAUGAGCUGAAGAGCAAAGGCAUCGAGGGAGAGACAAAAUACACCUGUCUCGUCUGUGGAUAACCAUAAUAGAGAGGAGUGAGACUAGAAGGGAACGCUUCAGAGCUAGUAGGAUCUCAAACCUCAUAUGUCGUUCAAGUUGCCAGAGAUAAGAUAAAUGUUCCAUACCAUAAUCACUAUCACUAGCUGCUAAAACUCUCUACAUUAAUGAGGAGAAUAAUGAAUUGAAUUGUUAGAUACUACUGCACUGUUGGAGCUAGGAACACAAGCAUU